CUAGGACCAUUUUAAGUAUCUUACUUUUUAAGUGGGGUUUUAAAUAUCCUACUUUUUAAAAUCUGAUGAGGCUGAGUUCCCUGAGUUUUACGCAUCCUCUACGCGGAUUCCAGGACACGUUGAGCAUAUCCUCCAACGUCAACUUUACUCUUAAUUACAUCCAAUCUUAUUAUAAAAACCGCACAAAAAUAUAACCCAUAAAUAUGCUUCACUACUCUCAUUCAUUCAGUGCUUCAAUAAGUUGCGAUCAAGCCUAAGCUUUUGCCAAGAUUUAAUAAAAUGUUUGGUAGACAUGAGGAGGUUGAGGUCCCAGGGGAAAUUGUCAAGAUUUAUUGUGAAGCUAACCCAGAAUACUACUUAACUGCAAGAGAAUACGAUGAUGUGGGGCUUGCACCUCGUGAUGAAUCCAAUCCUCAUCAGCAAUGGAUCAUGGAUGUAACGUGGGGUACAAAGGUGAGGGAUGAAGCUGGUUUUCCAGCGUUUGCCCUUGUAAACAAGGCUACUCGUCAGGCUUUGAGGCAUGGCAUUGAAGAUAAUGAAAAGGUUCACACAUCUCCAUAUUCAAAGGAAGAAGUAAAUGAAGCUCUUCUUUGGACUCAGAGUGAUGAUGUUGGCAAUGGUUACAAAUGUAUACGUCCAGUGGAUAACACAAACCUUAAUUUGGAUGCAAAUCAUGGUGAUCAGGAAAGUGGAGGCAUACGAGAAGGAACAGAUCUUAUUCUUUUUAAAUGGAAAAAACAUGAAAACCAAAAGUGGAAGAUUGUGCCUAUCUUUAAUUCAGUUACUCAAGAUGAAGGAUAUCAAGUAGCAGGUGCAAGAUAUGGUGAAGAUAAGUAUGGUGGUGCACCGUAUGGAGAAGAGAAGCAUGCCACAAACUAUGGUGGGGCACCAUAUGGAGAAGAAAAGUAUGGAACUGGUGUCUCAAAUUAUGGUGAUUCGACAUAUGGAGAAGAGAAGUAUGGAACUGGUGUCUCAAAUUAUGGUGAUUCAACAUAUGGAGAAGAUAAGUAUGGAGGUGCACCAUAUGAAGAAGAAAAAUAUGGAACUGGCGUCACAAACUAUGGAGGUGCUGCCUAUGAAGAGGGUCCAGCACAUGUUGUAAAAACACAUCAUCAGAAUGAUUUCCCAGAAGCUACAGAUUAUCAAGAAGAUCCAGCUUAUGUUUUACACACACAUCAUGAUGACGAUUUCCCAGAGCACAUCCCUCAAGGCCAAGUUGUGAGGAUUUACUGUGAACAAAGUCCUGAUCAUUUCAUGACUCUUCGUAAUGGUGAAGUUGUUCUUACACUGGGUGAUGCAGAUGACAUUUCCCAGCACUGGAUCAAGGUUGAUGAAUGGGGGAAUCAAAUAAAGGACGAAGCAGGUUUCCCAGCCUUUGCAUUGGUUAGCAAGGCAAAUUUGAAGGCUUUAAAACAUGGCAACCAAGAAUGGGACAAAGUUGAUCUAUCGUAUUACAAUGCAAAUGAUUCGGAUGAAUCUAUUCUGUGGACACAAAGUGCAGAUGUUGGACAUGGAUAUCAGUGUAUACGUCCUGUUGGUAACAUUCAUUUGAAUCUAGAUGCGAAGCUUGCUGAUGGAAAGUAUGGAAAUAUUGAAGAUGGAAAUGAGUUGAUUCUGUUUGGGUGGAAGAAACAGAAGAACCAGAAAUGGAAAAUGCUUCCAGUUGAUUAACUGGAUGCGAGUGGAGAAGAACCAAGGGGAAAAUGCUUCUGCUUCCUGUUGUUGUAAGUGGUCAUUUAGAUUUCAAAUCCGUUUCUUGCUUAAGAAGUGUGGUAUUUAUACAAUCAGGUCUUAGUAUGUUGAUGAUCAAAGAAACUAGUGUGAUCCACUUUGGAUUUCUGAUGUUUGGCAGCGUUGGAAUGAGGGAGGGUAUGUGACUAUUGUGAUAUUGUAGAUCACAUUUUGUGUCUUUCUGUUAUUGUUCAAUGUUAAAAAAAUAAGACAAUUUCUUUCAGAGAGUGUCAUGUAUCAAGAUUGUAAUAAAAAUUUAGCUUUGCUUA